AAAUCUCAAGUCCCCGAAGAUUAAUUUUUCUGGAAUCCUCCAUCUCCGAUAUCUCUUUUAACUAAUAAACAUGUUAAAUAAUCAAGAUUUCAUGGGAUGGAGAAGCGAUGUCGGAUCACUUGAUGUGAAAGAUCAGUGUAUAACCGAAAGAGAAAUUAGAAGUGAUGAAGAUCGUCUAAUCAACGGCUUAAAAUGGAGAUACGACUACUUUGAUCAUGAUCAAACAGAUAUUCAUCUUCAAAUUGUUCCGGAGAUUCAUAGAGAAGAAGAAAACUCGAAGAAAGAUUUGACGUUGGUUGUUCCUGAUGAACAUUCUGAAGCUGGUGAUCAUCAUCUUUCUAAAGAUAAUUCGGAGAGUUCAGAUAAUCGAUGUUAUUUGAGAAACAAACGAGAGAAACCUAAACGGCGUCGUUAUUUGAUCUCCAGUGAUAAUGACUCAGAAGGGUGUACAAGAGAGGUUCCUUCAGUGACAAGAACAGGUUUCAAGAAAAUAAGAAGAGACGAGAUGAUGAGUAACAAGAUGCGUACGCUACAGCAGCUUUUACCAAAUUGUCACAAGACGGACAAGGUUUCGAUUCUCGAUAAGACCAUUGAGUAUAUGAAAAAUCUUCAACUUCAACUCCAGGUGAUGUCAACAAUGGGAAUGAAUCCUUAUAUUCCUCCAGUGACAUUAAACUUUGGAAUGCACAACCACCUAUUGACGGCGAUGGCUAUGGCUCACGGCUUAAAUCCGGCAAAUCAAACAGCGUCGUCACCGUUAACGCCGGCGACAAAUUGGCCGCUACCACCUUUAAGUUAUCUUUCAUUCCCACACUCUUCUAAUCAACCUCCUCUCUUUCUCACAACAGCAUCAGCAGCUUCUUCUCCUCAAUGUCUAUGUGGUUUGGCUCCUUGUUUUCCAAUUAAGUUUCCUUGAUUUCUCUUCCCAUACGAUGUGAAGACUAUGAUAUAUGUAAGUAGCUAGAGAAAAGUCUGUAUGAAAUGUUCGUGGGUUAGGAAAAAAAAAACAGAAAUUCGAAAAUACGACAAUAUGCCUAAUGGGUUUUAUUUGGAUUUGGAGCUGACCAAUUCGUUGUAAUGUUAUUCCGACGAUUCGUUGCAGCAAAAACUAUGUGUAUUUGUGUGAAUAAUAUAUCUGUUCUUUGUGGUUU